AUGAAAUCAUAACCUAAUUAAUUAUUAGAAAAGAUCAAUAAUUGUCAUAUACAUGUUAAAUAACAUUCUAAACCAUCAAUUCAUUUUAAAAAAAUGGUUCUAACUUAUCACUGGAGCUUAGCAAUAAAUAAACUUUAAAAAAUAUUUACUUUAAGAUGUAAAAUGCCCUUAGAAAUUUUAAAAAAUGAAGAUCAAUAAAUGAAAUAAUCAUAAUCAGAAUAAAAUAGUUAAAUAUUUAUAAACAAAUUGAAUAAGCAUGUUAGAUAUUUAUCUUAAUAACCUUAAAUUGAAACUGAUUCUUAAUUAGAACAAGAUCAAAUUUCUGAGGAAAUAGAUGAUCCUGAAUUACCAUAAAAUAAUCUUCAUUAUUAAAAUAAACAUCUUAAAUUGGACAUAUCAAGAAUUUAGAAUCAAUAGAGUGAUGUAAAAGAAUCAGCACAUUUUCAGUCAUAGAAUAGUUUAGAUCAACUAAAAUUCAAUGAAGAAUUUUUAGACUUAUUUAAAAAGUAAAGAGUGUUAAGUUAAUUUGGAUAAUUAUGUAAAAUAUAUUAUAUUUAAUUCUUAGGUUAAAAUAAAAUCAAAGAAUAAGAAAUGUUAAUAAAGAAAAUAAUAGAGAGUAGACCAAGUAAACCACUCACAGAUGUAAAAACAUUUCUAUCUCUUCUGAAAAAACCAUAGAUUGAAGUUCAGCAAGCUAAAAUUAUAUAAUAAAAUUAAUAGCCUGUAUAUCUGAUUCUUAUUAUUUUCUUCAUUAGCUUGAUUAGUAUUUAUAUAAUUGUUUGA